AUUCCCCCUUCAUUCAACUCCCUCGUCUUCAUGCGAUCACCACGCCCCAGAGACGGCAUAUACAACGAGCAGCACGUGAAUAAUGAUGCAUAUUGAGAUUUGGAACAUGGGCUUUUUCUCUCUAGUUUUUUAUACGAGUUUAUGGACACGGACAUUUGGAAAGGGAAUACGAGUUACGGUUACGGUUUUUCAUUUUGUUUGUUUAAAGAAGUCAUCACGAAGAAGAAAAAUGCCUAAUGAACAAUAUGCGGCCAACAACAGAUCAAGUCGGCCGUUCAGUCUCCUUGAGCUUAGCUUAGCUCACCUCAUUCGAAACAAUCAAUCCACUAGAAAAUUUCUGUUUCGUCCGCUUUCUCUCCUCCUACCCUCUAUAACCUUCCUCCGGCGGGAAAGAUCUUGUUGGCCGCGAUGCUUGUGUUCGCUUUGUCGUUGGCCUUGUAUAGAACACUUGUUCAGGUUGCUUCACGUUAUCUUGUGGCUGCGGAGGGGACACUGGGUGGAUUUGGGUUGUGAAUAGUUUUGUUAUUGUCUUGUCUUCUAGAUUAUGAAUUUGAUGUGGGAUCUUUGUGUUUACUGCUAAUGA